GCCAAGCCGGGGCGCGCGGCGACAUGUGGCCCCGAGUGCUGCUGGGGGAGGCCCGGGUGGCUGCGGGCGGAUACGGUUCUGUCUUGUCUCGCUUCGCCGUGCGUUCCUCCCCACUAUGGACUUCUGGGAGCGGCUCACCCCUACGGAGGAGCCUGCAUGGAACUGCUACGCGAGCUUUCCCGCUCAUCCCCAUCGUGGUGGAACAGACUGGUCGAGGCGAGCGUGCUUAUGACAUAUACUCGAGGCUCUUGAGGGAACGCAUCGUGUGCGUCAUGGGCCCGAUUGAUGACAGUGUCGCCAGCCUGGUCAUUGCCCAGCUGCUAUUCUUACAGUCUGAAAGCAACAAGAAACCCAUUCACAUGUACAUCAACAGCCCAGGUGGUGUGGUGACUGCGGGCCUGGCCAUCUAUGACACAAUGCAGUAUAUUCUGAACCCCAUCUGCACAUGGUGUGUUGGACAGGCUGCCAGCAUGGGCUCCCUGCUACUCGCCGCUGGCAGCCCAGGCAUGCGCCACUCACUGCCUAAUUCCAGAAUCAUGAUCCACCAGCCCUCUGGAGGUGCCAGGGGCCAAGCCACAGACAUUGCCAUCCAGGCAGAGGAGAUUAUGAAGCUGAAGAAGCAGCUAUACAACAUCUACGCCAAACACACCAAGCAGAGCCUGCAGGUGAUUGAGUCAGCCAUGGAGAGGGACCGCUAUAUGAGCCCCAUGGAGGCCCAAGAAUUUGGCAUCUUGGACAAGGUCCUGGUCCACCCACCUCAGGAUGGAGAGGAUGAACCAGAACUGGUACAGAAGGAGACUCCUGCAGCAUCAGCCGAUCCUCCUGUCCCAGCAAGCACCUAGGGUCUGACCUCAUCUCCAGUGUGGAGACCCAGGACUGCACACACUUCCUCUGCUGAGCCCAGAGAGAUACCCCUGGAGAGAAUGCAGAUUGAGGCUGCCCUCCUGCUAAGACUUUAAAUUAAACCUUGUGGUUUUUGUCCCAUGUCUGAGGCAUCUUCGAUUACAUCUCCAAGAUACCAGGCCCCUCCUA